AUGUCCGUGGAACGCUUACCCGGGGUGAGGUGGAGCAGACAAUUUUUCGGUUUGAGCCCACCUUAUCAGCCUACGAGCGAGAUGCAAUUAUCAUGCGCUUGGGGGCUGAUGGAUACGGCAACGUCAGUGCGGCAGAGUUUUGUCGAAUUCUUGGAGGCGAUUUGUCGCAGGCAGCGGGCCAGGGAGUGCAACCUGUGGCCGAAGUGCCCGUCGGCAUGGCUCCGCAGGAUGGUUCGCGCAAGAUGUGUCAUGGUACGAUGCUGCCAUCAUGACAAUCCCUUUGUGCCGUUGCUUUUCUUUGUUUUUUCUUUAUGA